AUGUCACAGGAGGCCAGCUGGUGCAGGGGACACUGGAAGACAGAUGAUCUGAGGGAGGCACAGAAGGAGCUUCUCCCUUCCCCGCACCCGGUGCGCAGCACACCUGUCUCGGCUUCUCGCUGCAUUCACAAGACUUUGAGAAUGAAACGACUCCUAGAUAAGAAACAAAAGCAAAAUCUUCCUGUUCCUCAAGGGAUUCUGAUGGAAAAGGGGAACAAAGUCAGGUACAACUCCAAGAGAAGAUCCUGGAAGAGAACAAGGCUGGGUCUGUAA